AUGGCCGCACCAAGCACUCUGCCAGCUCUGCUGGAUUCUUUGACACAGUCAUUGACAACUUCACUCGACGCAGCACCGAAGGCUUCGAUUUCGCCUCCGCAGAAUGGCAUUUCUCUACUCGACGUCAAGAACGAACUGCUUCUGUCUUACCUGCAAAACCUCGUCUUCUUGAUCUUGCUCAAGCUGCGCAACGCCAAAAAGCAGUCCAGCGAGGAUGGAAACGCCAACGAGACUAGGGACGCUGUCGUUAAGAAGCUGGUCGAACUGAGACUUUACCUGGAGAAGGGUGUUCGCCCGCUUGAAGACAAAUUGCGCUACCAGAUCGAGAAGAUCCUGCGUGCCGCAGACGAUGCCGAACGAAACGCCCGCGCAAUCAAGGCUUCCAAGGGCGAGAACAGCGACAACUCUGACGACUCUGCUUCUGAUGAAGAAUCCGGCAGCGACGAGGAAUCAGAAGAAGAAGACUUGAAGGCGUCGGCUUUGCAAGCCCGACCUGAUGCUUUCGUUCGCCCUGCGGCAGCCGUAGCCGCCGCGAAAGCUACGGAGAAGGACGGAGUGUACCGACCGCCGAGAAUCGCACCGACCGUCAUGCCCUCCGAGCGGCGCGAGAAGACCGACCGCCGGCCGCACAAGUCCGCCGUCAUGGACGAGUUCAUCGAGACCGAGAUGUCCACUGCCCCUCUCGCCGAGCCCAGUAUCGGCACAACAAUUGUUUCUGGCGGUCGCAGGAUGAAGACGGCCGCGGAGCGCAAAGACGAAGACGAGCGCCGCGAGUACGAAGAGACCAACUUUGUCCGUCUCGCCCCCAAGAGCAAGAAGGACAAGGCAAAGGAAAUGGCGAAGACUGGCCGCAGUGGUCGCAUGCAAUUCGGUGGCGAGGAGUGGGGGGCUCUGGGUGAAGGUGUGGACCGCAUCAACAGGCUCACCGCGCGCAAGAAGAGCGGCGGUACUCGCGACCUGCUUGACAAGAGCCGGAAGCGCGGCAGAGAGACCACCGACGGCCCGAGAGGCAGUGGCCACGGCGCUGAAAUGGGUGAGCGGUUCCAAAAGCGUGUCAAGGUGCUGGAGGCGGGCAGACGCGACCGAGGCAAGAGAUAG